ACUUCUUCACAAUACUCGUUGGACUCAGAAGUGAGCAAUAAUCGCACAUCUGCUUCGUAUAUUGGAAGGUGUUUGUCGCCAAUUAAAUCCCAGUCAUAAAUAAGUGAUUUGGAGUGACUGUAGACGGUACCUGCUGAAAGGAAAUAUAGGGGAUGAUGACUAAUGUGAAGCUAGUACAAUCACAACACAACGGGGAAAGAGACAUCAAACCAUUUUUAGAUUUCACUUCUACAUUUGAUCUUUGAUUUCCCUUUUGAAACUGCUAACUUUUCAAUCUUCCUCUACAGAACAUCUUUUUGAUUUAUUCUCAACAAAAAGUCUUCAAUGCACAAUCAAAAAACAACCUCCAAUCACAGUCACUAUGUCAUUGCCGGUCGAUUCCCAGAGCAGUGAUAUUCGGAACAGACCCGAGGAAAACAACAGCUUGAGUGUGCCCCAAAAUCAACAAAAGGAACAGAUAGUCAUGGGAGAGGAUGUGGAGAUGAUCAGUGGAAGUGAUGGAGUCGAUUUCCAAUAUCUAAAGGGUCUUCGACUUCAUCUGAUCACUGCGGCUAUCUGCAUGACCCUUUUCCUCACCAAUUUGGAGAUCCCUAUUGUUACCACUGCUCUUAUUUCAAUCACCAACGAUUUGCAUCAUUUUGGUCAGGAUAAUUGGAUCAUAUCUGCGUACAUGCUGGGAUAUGUCAGUAUGCUUAUUAUCUGGGCAAAACUAAGUGAUAUAUAUGGGAGAAAGCCAUUUGCUGUCAUGGUGGUUCUCCUGUUUACGAUUUUUUCUGGCCUCUGCGGCGCAGCUCAAACCAUGACACAGUUAAUUGUUUUCCGCGCACUUCAAGGCUUGGGUGGUGGUGGGAAUUUCGCCAUUGGAACUAUUAUAUUGGUGGAACUUGUUCCCAAAGAGCUGUAUCCUAAGUAUACUGGCCUGGUUUCUGUCGUCUUUUCAUUCUCCUUACUACUCGGCCCGAUAUUUGGUGGAGCGCUUAACCAUUCACCGGACUGGAGGUGGAUCUUUCUUCUGAAUGUCCCUCUAGCAUUCCUCGCAUUGGCUGCAUUUUUCUUCGGUCUUCCGACAUCUUUCCCGUACCAAGGCCAAGAUAGCAGGCAUCAAAAAGUUAAGCGCUUUGCGUCGAAGGAGUCUUUCAGUAAAAUCGAUUUUGUUGGAGCAAUCCUCCUUAUUAUUGCUACAACAUUGUUAGUCGCAGCAUUGCAAGAAGCUGGUGGAGAAUUUGCGUGGAACUCGGCAUUUGUGAUUACCCUACUGAUAAUCUCUGGAGUCACGUGGAUACUUUUUAUCUUAUGGGAAAGAAGAGUGACCGUGAACAUGAGUUCGACAGAGCCAGUUUUUCCUUGGAGACUUAUGAAGAGCCGAGUCUGGAUAGGAAUGACUCUCAAUGCCUUAUUCCUCGGUGGUCCGUGGUUUGUUACAAUAUUUCAACUACCCCAAAGAUUUCAAGUCGUGGAUGGCAUCUCCGCCUUAGAUGCUGGUUUCAAACUCAUACCAUUCACAGUGUUGGCCCCCGUAGGUUCCGUGAUCUCCGCUGUCUUAGCAGGAAAAGUGAAAGUUCCACCUAUCUACUUGGUUCUCAUAGCAUCUUGUAUACAGGUAAUAGGGUUCGCCCUUCUGUCGACAUUACCAAUAGCAGCAGCAGCUUCAUCUGCUCAGUAUGGCUACCAGGUGAUUGCUGGCUUUGGUGUUGGUAUCAACAUCUCAACAUUAAUUCUAAUGACACCUUAUUCCGUAGCUGAUCCACGAGAUAAAUCCGUCGCUUUAGGCUGUGUCACACAAUUCCGUAUUAUGGGUGGAGCCCUCGGGCUUGCAAUUGUGACUGCUGCCUACAAAGGGUACGUAACGUCGCGAUUGAAAGCAUUUCUUAAUUUGGAAGAACAGCUUUCAGUUUUUGAAUCUGCAAAAUACAUUCAAUCUCUAUCUCCUGAGGUACAAGGCAGGGUACGAGAAGUCUUUGCCGGUGGUUAUAAUCUGCAAUUCAGAAUAUUGAUCGCCCUAGCCGCCGCACAAAUCCCAUCUUCAUUGCUCAUGUGGCAGAAAGAACAGAUUGUGGUAUAAUCAUUUGGUCUUCUACCAAUGAUACGUUCAUGUAGGUUAGAAUGCGGACGAACUAUAGAUGGCACAUGAAGCAAUAGAGAAAUGCGCA